CAAUCCAGCCAGAUUCAAGUGCAAAAAAGAACUUCGCACCAAUUUCUCAGUUUUUUUAAUUUUGAAGUGUAUAAUAAGGGAUAAUUUCUUUCUUAUCUUAUAAGUAAAUUAUUUUUUUAUUAUAUUUUUCAAAAAAAUAAACAUUCUCCAUUCACACCUCUGGUUGUUUAUUAAUUUAUUUAUUGACCAUCAAUAAAACAAAAAUAGAUAAUACCUUUUAAAUAAAUAUUUAAUAAAAUAAAAGAAAACAUGUUCAUCUGGGAUUGGUUCACUGGUGUUCUUGGGUACUUGGGUCUAUGGAAGAAGUCAGGAAAACUUUUAUUCCUCGGGCUUGACAACGCUGGAAAGACAACACUGUUGCAUAUGCUCAAAGAUGAUAAACUAGCACAGCAUGUUCCCACGUUGCAUCCUACUUCUGAAGAAUUGUCUAUUGGCAAUAUGCGAUUCACAACAUUCGACUUGGGAGGUCACACUCAAGCGCGUCGUGUGUGGAAAGACUACUUCCCAGCCGUAGAUGCUAUCGUUUUCUUAAUAGAUGCCUGGGAUCGUAGCCGUUUCCAAGAAAGCAAAAAUGAAUUGGACUCUCUUCUAACAGAUGAGGCUCUCUCCAACUGCCCCAUUUUGAUCCUCGGUAAUAAAAUCGACAAGCCCGGUGCUGCCAGUGAAGAUGAAUUGAGAAAUGAUUUUGGUCUCUACAGGCUUACCACAGGAAAGGGUAAAGUAGCUCGAUCAGACUUACCCGGUCGUCCAUUAGAAUUAUUUAUGUGCUCAGUGUUAAAAAGACAAGGCUAUGGCGAAGGAUUCCGUUGGUUAGCGCAGUAUAUCGAUUAAUCGUCGCCAUAUAGGAAACAAAACAACAAAUUAUAUAUAUAAUUGUAAAUUUAAAACAACAACAAAUAUAAAAAAACAAAAAUCUUGUAUUAAAACGAAAAGAAGGCAAAGCAAAGCAAAAAAAAACAUUUAAACAAAAUAAAUAAGCCUCAUUUUUUGCAUUGUAAAAAAACAAACAAAAAAUACAGAUUUACAAUUUACCUUAAGAAGUGAUUUUUAAUCCAAGAAAAUAUUAAAAUUUAGGCAUGUUCUUGAAUAUCAAAUUUAACACGUUACGUUUUAGGCAAAAAAGAUAAUUGUCUAAAGCGUAACGUGUUAAUGAUUUAAGAAUAAAAACAAAAUAAAACAAAACAAAAAAA